AUGCCUGGGACGGCCAUGGCUUACGGGUCCGAGUACGGCCAGGACUCGCGCCAGCAGCCUCAGAGCUUUGGCGGCUACAACACAGCCGCGACCAUGAUGUACAACGUCGCCCAGUCUGGGGCGCAAAACCCCGUCUACGAUGCACAGCAAUUUGGAUCACGGCAACCUGCAGCUAUGCAGAUGAUGACGCCGGAUGUCGCCUCGACAUACUUCGGAUCCGAGACGGGAAGCACAGGCGGUCCGGCCCUGCAACAGUCGGCGCAGGGCUCAAGCGGAUCCGCAAACGUCUAUCAGCAGAGCAAUGCCAUGAAUUAUGCGAGCAACAUGUCCAACGUGGGCGCAAUGCCCCAGGCGACCGCGAGCGCCGAUGUUUCCAUAACGGAAGAUCACGAGUACCCCGAUGGCGCACUGGAGGAGAAAUGGGUCAACUACCAGAGACAAUUGGGCACCAUAUUCCAAGAGAUCAUGAAUGGAUCCCUAGAAAGCGCAUCCGAGACAUUGCUGAGCGUCACCAGCUGGUUGUUGUCUCAGGUGGCAGACCUUGAGCAUCAGGGCAGGACGACAUGGCUGACCAAGACUGCAGGCCUCAAUUUAGACGAUACAAACCUCCACGCCGAUCGAAUCAAGUUAUGGGACGAUUUCAAUCACGCCUGGUUAGGCCUAGGCCAGCGCCAGAUGGAGUUGAUGACUUCAUCCCAACCAUCGAGAUCGCAGAGCCUCAUGUCCAAGGCCAUGAUCAAGAAGAUGGGUAACGAAUUAAUACGUUUAUGCGACGGGAUCGAGCGCCACGGACUCGUCGACUACCAAUACGGGGUGUGGGAGGAACAGAUAACUGCCGGUAUGCCCAAGACUCUCCUGACCAAGGCCCGACCUCGUGAUGGCUAA